AUUUAUCUGUUAGUUAAUGGCGGCCGCUAAACAGGGUGGUGGACCGUAAACAUUUCAGCUGUCAACUGUAACUGUCUAAUUAUCAUAAAACAUGUACUCGGCUCUGUCCAACACACAUGACAGUUACAAGAUGUCUAUUUUCAACUUUCAGGUCGGUUCAUUUGCCGCUUUGACGACAAAUUCACCUCCUGCCCGACGGAAAAGAGGCAAACGCGUUAGGCAUUAUGGAGGACGAAGACCUUGAUGGUACAGAAGAACCAGAAAAUGAGUGCGAGGUGGCUGUGCUCCGUUUGAAAGUGGAGUCCUUGAAAGAAGAGCUGAAGGAGUGCAGAGCCGAGCUGGCCAAGUUACAGAAGCAGCUGAGCCACUCGGAGAGGCUGCAGAAGAGCACAGAGAGCUACAAUGAAGACCUCAGGAAACAGGUUGACCAACUGAGUGUAGAGAUUCAUGAGCGGAAGAAGAAGGAUAAAGACAAAGUAAACGGGGAAACUCAGACAGAAGAAUACGUAUGGACAGAAACAGAUUACUACAACUAUUACUAUGGAGGCUACAGCCAAAACGCUGAAGGGACAAACUCUCGGGAAAACCUGAACUGGGCAGCAGCAACAGCGGUGGAUGCUGCUGAUUGCGGCGCAGCAGCAACAGCGGUGGAUGCUGCUGAUUGCGGCGCAGCAGCAACAGCAGUGGAUGCUGCUGAUUGCGGCGCAGCAGCAACAGCAGUGGAUGCUGCUGAUUGCGGCGCAGCAGCAACAGCAGUGGAUGCUGCUGAUUGCGGCGCAGCAGAGGUUUUACCAACAAACGAAGCAGCAGCCACAGAUGUGUCAGCUCCACCUGAUAGCAGUAAAGUAGUUGCAGCUGAGGAAGGUGAUGGAGGAUCUAUUGCUGACAUGUUGAGGGCCACUGCUGAGGAAGCUAUGACCCAGACUGGGUUUGUGUUUGAUGAGACUUCUGGGAUGUAUUAUGACCACAGCACAUGCUUCUACUAUGACUCGGUCAGUCAGUUGUACUAUGAUGCCAACACGGGUAUAUACUACUACUAUGAUGCAGAGAGCGGACGGUAUCAGUUUCACUCAAGGAUUGAGAUGCCUGUUGCACAGAGCACUGCUGAUCCAAGUCAAGAAACAUUUGAAGUUGACAAGAAAUGGAGAAAGUUCAAAAAAGGGAUCAAGAAAACAUCACAUCAGGAUGAACGGGAAAUCAAGUCAGAGGACCCAAAGCAUGAACAAGAUGAAAACAACCAUGUGGAAUCUCGAAAACCACGCCGAAGGUCUCGCAGCCCGAACUCUGCUCAGAGUAAAAAAAGCUCUUCUAAACAUCGAGAAGAAAAGGACAGAUCACCAUCAAAGAGAAAGAAGCUCAAAAACGGUUCACACCACGAGGACAAGGGCCGACUAAAAAAGAAGAGGAAGAAAUCAAAAUCAGAAAGGCACAAAAAGAAAAAGAAGUCGUCUCGGAGCAAUGAGUCGGCAGGCAACAGUGAACCAGAAGAGGGAGAGAUCACAGAGUCAGAGAGGGAAGACCGGGAGUCCACCCCCUCAUCCUCAUCAUCGUCCAGCUCUAAAAAGUCCAGGGAAAGUCCUGAGUCAGAAAUGGAAGUGCAGAGCCAAGAAGUGAGGAGCAUUUGGCCUCCAUGUGUUAGAGUGACGGUGGUGAGGUCUCCAGUGCUGCAGGUGGGAACUCUGUUCAUCAUCACAGCUGAUUCUCCAGCAACAUUUGGCAGAGAGAAAGAUAUGGACCAUGCAGUUAGAAUACCAGAAAUGGGCGUCAGCAAGUUCCAUGCAGAGGUGUAUUUUGACCAGGAACAGCAGAGCUACAUGCUGGUGGACCAGGGGAGCCAGAAUGGAACAGUCAUCAAUGGCGGCCGCAUAUUACAGCCCAAAACCAAGUCUGAGCCAUGUGCACUGACGCAUGGUGAUGAAGUCAAGAUGGGAGAGACUGUGCUGUCCUUCCACAUCCACUCAGGUACAGACACCUGUGAUGGCUGUGAGCCCGGACAAGUGAUGGCUCACCUCAGCAAGCACAAGAGAGAGGACGACACCGGCCCUGGUCUCACCAAAGAGGAUAAAGAAUCACUGAGACAGAAAGAGCUGAAGCAAAUGAAGGCCAAAUAUGGCCUGCAAACCAGUGAGUACGAGGAAACCAAAGCCCUGAAGAACCCCAAAUACAAGGACAGAGCCGAGUCUCGACGCCAAAUCGUGGGCAGUGAGGGUGUUUUCCAACGAGAUGAUGCCCCUGCCUCAGUACACGAAGAGAUCAGUGAGGUCAAUAAAGGCCGAAAGAUGUUGGAAAAGAUGGGCUGGAAGAAAGGAGAGGGGCUGGGUAAAGAGGGAACAGGAAUGAAAGACCCAAUCGAGCUCAAGAUUAGGAAGCCUCAGUCAGGUUUGGGAGCAGGUGCCGUCAUGUCGGUGGACAAUGUGUCUGUGACCAAAUCCAAGUCUCAUACAAACUGGGAGAAAGCCCGUGAACGGUUCGCUGACACCUGCCAGUCUGACUCUACCAAAACACCGAAGAAUAAGUCUCCUCAAGCAUGGCUGAAAUCAGACGAGACGGAGGCGUCGCAGCCAAGCGUUGAAACAGACGGUCCGAGUUAAAGGAGCAAAACGUGCUGCGGUUUAAUGAACAAAGGGAGUCUCUGUACUUUGUAAGACAACUGAUGUACUUAUUUUCUUUUUACUUCUUGACUUAAAAUAUAUUGGUAAAGACGGCUACCAGCAGAACUUUUUAAUUUAACUAAAACUGUGACCACAUUAUGAUUUUCCAUCAGUAUAAACUUGAGUGAGAUACAGCAACACAAUUAGACAAUGUUCUGUAAUCUGCCUUUUUACGUGUGUCAGAAAAAUCCAAGAUCGGCGCGGUGCGACCUACAGAAAAGGCUGAGCAGCUGCCGUGCCUCGCUGUAUUAAAAGAACGCAAGCUGUCUCAAGCAAAUAUUGACACAUCCAGGUUCUAUUUCUCACAGUGAGAUCAUACCGUAAGGAGACGAUUGUGGACCUUUUCUGACAAAAU